GGGGAAAAGGAAGGUACAAGCGUCUGUACUGACACACAAGCAGCUGCUGCUAUGGACAGUGACCCCCAGCUGAGGGAGAAAGCAGGUACCAGCUGCACUGCUGUAAUGGAGGCCGGCCAUGUGCUUGGGAAGGAGGACGCCAUUUUGGAAGCAGAGACAAACUUGUGCACAGCAAAGGGGAAGCCCCGCCCAUGGGAAGCCCCGCCCACCCAGUGAAAGCUGUGGAGAAUCCAGCAGAGACCGUGAGAAAGGAAAGAUUCCAGCAAAGAAUCAGGGAACCCCCCCCACAAAUGGCACCAACUGCUGCUGCUUCAGCAGAGGGAGGAAUGGAGGCAAGCAUGGACUUUGGCUACCUGGCAGAGACUGUGGCUUUACAGGUGCUGGAGGAGAAAUCUGCAGGCGACCAGUUCGCCACUGCGGGCGCGUUCCCGAUGCUGUUCCUUCACAAAGUGCCGGAAGUCAGGAACAGGAAGUCGCAGAGGCAGAGCGAGACGCAGAGCAAGAGGCAACACGUAGGAAGAGGCAGCACUGAAGAACGAUUAUGGCACCAAAGAAACUAAUUCUGUUGAGUGAAAAGGAACCUGAAGCACAAAGAACUAACAUGCAAUCCCAAGGGCAAGGUGAUCCGACAUGUUUUGGCAAUGAGCCAGUGCGAGACACACCAAGUGUGCGCGACAGACCAAGUGGACGUCACCAUCAAACAGCAGAUAAUCGAAUUGGGACAACUGAGUGGUGUAGGUGUGGCAAUUGUGUGCCCAUGAAAACUGUGGAGGAAUCCUCUUGUUGCAUGGAAGUAUCAUCUGUGGAAAAUAAAUAUCUACAACAUGGGUGCAUCUGCCAUAGCAGGAAAUUUUACCUGAGGUGUUUACGUAAAUCCCACCUGGAAUACUUGCAGAUAUUUUGGAACAUGCAACGCCCCACAGGUGGAAUAAGCAGCCACAACAGAAAAUUACGACAGACUUCCUAUCGGUCAUUCAUCGCCUGGAUUUAUGGCUACUUAGGGCCCAAGAAACGGGUGCCUAUUCCAGCCUGUGUCGUUCAAAAAGUACGCAGCUCUUAUCCAGACCCCAAAGGCCGGUACAGAGGAUUUCUACAGGCAUUUGACUAUAAUGCUUUUGAUAUGGCUUUGGACUGAUGCCUUUUGUGAUUGUUUAUUUUUCAUUGAUGUUUGAAUUUGUAGUAUUUAUUAAUCUUUAUGAUUUUUUUCAAUAAAAAAAUUACAAA